GGACGCGGCCGUUGCCUUGGUGGCUGGCCGAGCCCGUCGCGGUCGCGGUCGCGGCAGUGGUGGUGGCGGCGGCGGCGGUAGCGGACGAUGCUGAUGCUCAGCUGUCUCCUUUGAGGUGUCAAACAUGGCGACCGACCUGACCAACGGUACAAUUCCAUCAUUCUACCGAGAUGUGUACGACCUCUGCUCUGUCGCUGACUCAGUCAGCAAGGAGAUGUUCACCCGUUUGCUUGUUAAAUCAGGCCUUCCUCAACAGAAACUCAGUCAGAUUUGGGAACUUAUGGAAGCCAAACAAGGUCACCUUUCAAGGACAUCCCUUUAUAAAGCCUUGGCCCUAGUUGCUUGGGCACAACAAGGAAAAGAACUCAGCAUUAAACUUUUGGACAAUUUCUCGGGUGAUGAAUUUCCAGUACCCAUCUUGGGAGAUCUAAGCGACUUACGACAGCUACAAAAACAGCGCCAAAGACAGUGUCACCCAGGGCACCUCGGAAUGCGAUAUGGGGAUCUCUGUCGACUUGAUACAGUAACAGUUUAUCUUGUUCCGGAGAAGAAAGGCAUUUUUCUAAAGCAUGUGGAAUAUCAAGUUACUAGCAAGCGAUUUGGAACCAAAGUUCGACGAAGAUACAAUGACUUUGUUUCAUUGUAUGACCUGUUACUGGGCCGAUUCCCAUACAGACUGAUUCCACGUCUUCCUCCAAAGAAAAUGAAUAUUGGUUCCGAUGCUCCAUUCAUAGAAGAACGUCGACAAUGGUUGUGGCGCUGGUUAAGCCUUAUUUCUCGCCACCCAGUCAUCAAUCAAGAUCCUAUCCUUCAGUUCUUCUUCACAUACGAUGGUGAUGACAUUCAGCACAAAAUAAGGGAAAUUUUUCGACGAGUUCCUGAUGAAUUUACUACGUCUGAGUUGGCGUCCCAAGCCAAGGAGCUGGUUCCUCCAGAUACCUUGACUGAACUAGCUAAUAGCCGUGAACAGAUAAGACUGAUUACUAAUAGCGUAUCUCGUGUGAAACAAAUAACUGACGGGCUCGCUAAUCGUUCACAGGCGUACGGAAAUGAUAUGGCUGAACUAGGAACUCAGCUUACUAUCUUGGCUUCUGAAUCACACAGCACAUCAUCUUGGGCUACUGGUGGAAACCAAAUAUGGUCUGAGAUGAAGAAAGGAUUCCAUGUCAUUUCCAAGGAACUUGGAAUUAUGUCAAGUAAAGCCCUGGCUCAGUCUGUGCGUGAGGAAUCAGAACUCUGUGCCCAGCUCAAUUUACUUCUUGACAUUCUACUGGCAUAUCGUGAUCUUUGUGCACGCCAUGAAAAGGGGGUGAUGCAAGAUCACCAGAAAGCACACGCAAAAAUGCUGUCACUCAAAAAGAGACAAAUGCAAGGGGUACUGAGAGGCGAGGUGGAUGCUGUUGUUGCUCUGGAAGAUAGGAUGUUGCAGCAAGAGUCAGUUAUUGCAAGUGUGGAGCUACGCAGUGCCUACUCCCUUCAUUGUAUGCACAUGGAGACGCAGCUGGUCCAUGCACAUCUGGAGCUUUUUGCCACAGUCAUCAGUGUACUGGUAUCUGUGCAAAUCAGAGGCCAUACUGAGUUGGCAGAAGUGUGGAAAGCCAUUCAACCCACCAUUUCAAAGUGCCUUCCGGAGGAGCCAGAACACUAAAAUACCUGCAAAUUACCCAUGAUUUUUUUCUCUAGGAAAUGACUGAUGGCCUGUGAAGCUGGAACUUGCAUUUAUUAGGAUAAUCCUCUUGAAGAUGUAGUUGCGCCCUGUGGCUCUAUGAGCCAGCUACCUGUAUUGAAAUGAUAAUAGCAAAUCAUACAUUGUUUUCUACUUAUGAAUAUGAAAUAAUAUGAAGAAGGUACCUGCUGGGCUGGUCUCUGUGCCAAACAUGGACGUUCAUAAAGUGUGUUUGUGAUUUUGCAAAUGCAUUUUCCUGUUAAAAUAGGUAGAAUUUAUAGAAGAUGUAUGAGCAAAACAUGUUUGUACCUUGAUGAAGUAUUUUCACUGGUAAUAUUGCACCAGCAUAAAUCAAAUGAGAUUCUCAUUUGUUUAGUUACGCUCUUAACUUUUAAUACUCUGAGGGGUAUGGGAACUGGUAUGUUAAAGUCUGAAUUAUUUAUUAUGUGACACUCCAAUCCAUUGGAACAGUGAAAUGUCAAAAGUGUCAUUUUUAUCAUGCAUGUUAUACUGUAGUGGAACUUGUGCAAUCAUUGUUGAUUUUUUAUUAUAAUGUGGAGUUUGGUAUGAGUUGUCCAUGUGUACAUUGCAUUAAAUGCACAUUAUAGUUCUAUACUCAUACUGUUGUUCCUAUUUAGAGUUUGCAUGGGCUUACCAUACUGGCACUAUGUUAGAAUUCAUCUGAUUUGACUACAGCAUUUUUUUUUCUGGGUUUUUGUUCUAUGAAAGAAAGUUGUUACUUUGGAGUUAAAAAUAGCUUUUAACAGGAGUUGCUGCAAAUGAAAAUAGUCUAUUAGUUGAGUUUAUAUUUGUUUUAAUUGACCAAUAAUGCUGUUGACAAUGGCUGUAGCAACAUAUAACCCCGUGUAACAGUUUUCUGUUAUGUUUUCUUGUUUCUAUGUUUGUUGAUGCAUUUAAAAUGUACCCUUUUAAGGACCAUAUUUUUAUUUCAUGUAACUUAUUUAUUUAUGUUUUCCAUAGAGUAAUGUCUAUCUAGUCAUGUGUUGCAUGAUAAAUUUCAUGUAUUUUAAAAAUAUCUUGCUUGAAAGAGCUUUGGACUUUUUUUUUCCGUUCUUUCAAGUUGUUUUCCUUGGUUUGCCAUCAGUUAGUCUGUUACUGACAAAACAAAAUAGGCCUAAUGAAUUUUGUUCAACUGUCAAUAAGUUGUGUUGUGAACUGUUUGUCAAUAUCAUAUCAACUUUGAAUUUCAUUAUUAUUCUGUUCAAGGGACAGAUAAAAAUGUACCAUUUAAAUUUAUUUAGGAAUGCACAUUAUUAUCUGCAUUUCAAUUGUAUAAUGGGAUCAAUUUAUGUAAGUUUGGUAAUGGAUUUUAUUGUAUAUCAUUUACAUGAAUUAGUAUUGUUAAAAAUGUUUCUGCAUAAUGUUAUCUAUCUUUACGCAUGUAUCAUGUUGAAUAUAUUGUGUGAUGAUCACCAAGUGCCACCCAUGAGAGAAAAUCUAGUUGUUAUAGCCCCUGUGUUUUCUGUUUGUUUUGUUUUUAGUGACCAAAAAAUAAAGCCAUGAUCAUUCCUUGUAGUGUCGCCUAA